AGGAGGAGACGAGGAAGGCUGCUGUGGAUUGUCGCUGCCGGUGUAUCCCUCCGCUCCAGUCCCCGGGGUGUAGUAGUAGUAUUAGUAGUAAUAAUAAUAAUAAUAAUACUUGCAGUUAGUGCUCAGCCCAGGAGAAACCGCGUCUUGCUGCUGCGUCUUGUUCACAUUGCCCUUCCCGGACUGUGUUUUGCCUUUGGAAUGGAGAAGUAUCUGCCUCAACUCUUGGCUGAAAAAGACGCCUUGGAUCCUGCUUUUACCCACGCGCUGAGGAUGGUGACUGAAGCCACCCAUGGGAUAUUUGGAGCCAAGAUGAAAGAUCAGCUGAAACCUUCAUACGCUCCCGUCCCUCCAAGCAAGACUGACUCGCAUCUGGAGGAAGGUCUCAUAUCAGACACACUUGACAGAGCGCCAGAUACUCCCGAGACCCAUCAGCCUCCCCUUAUCAAGCAUGCCGCGAAAAUGAUACUUACACUGCUGGACUCCAUCACAGAAAUUGAAAAGAUUCAAAAGGGGGAUGAGAAUGAGAAUGAUGAUAGUGAUGAAGACGACCAGUAUAUCGAUGUCGUGAUCAACAAAAACAUGAAACUGGCACAAAAAGUCCUAAUCCCUAUAAAACAGUUCCCUAAAUUUAACUUUGUUGGAAAACUACUGGGACCACGAGGCAAUUCUCUGAAAAGGUUACAGGAAGACACGCUAACCAAAAUGUCCAUAUUAGGGAAAGGAUCCAUGAGGGAUAAGGCAAAGGAAGAAGAACUCCGAAAAAGUGGAGAGGCGAAAUACUUUCAUCUUAAUGAUGACCUCCAUGUUCUUAUCGAGGUCUUUGCGCCUCCAGCAGAAGCUUAUGCCAGAAUGGGGCAUGCCUUGGAAGAAAUCAAGAAGUUUCUUAUUCCUGAUUACAAUGAUGAAAUCAGACAAGCACAGCUGCAAGAACUCACCUACUUAAAUGGUGGCUCGGAAAAUGCUGAAGUCCCGGUAGUCCGCGGCAAGCAGCCAGUCCGUGCCCGGGCAGCACCCGUCACUGCACUGUCCAGGGGUCGCGGAGGAGUGCCACCUCCAUCAACAGGGGUACCCAGAGGAGCACAAGCCCCCAGAGGUGUCACCCCAGCAAGGGUACCAUCUACAAGAGCUAGAGGACUGAUUACAUCAAGGGCAAGGGGAAUACCCCAUCCAGCGGGAUACCGACCCCCUCCACCAACACAGGACACUUAUGGGGAAUAUGAUUACGAUGAUGGUUAUGGAACAGCAUAUGACGAGCAAAGCUAUGAGUCUUACGAUAACAACUAUAACUCACAAGUACAGAGCACGGGAGAUUAUUAUGAUUAUGGACACGGGAUUGGAGAGGACUCCUAUGACUCAUAUGGACAAGAAGAUUGGGCAAAUUCCAGACACAAGGUUGUUUCCUCAAGAGCCACAAAAGGAACCUACAGAGAUCAACCAUAUGCAAGAUACUGAUUGUACAGUCUGAUGUGAAUUAUGCCCUCUGCUCCAGCCCUGUUUACUGUUCAAAGAAGCAGGUAAAAUAUAGAAGAACAGGACUGAUACUAAUGGGCCUUUUAAAUGUUAGGUCUUCUUAUCCUACAUACUGCUCAGAUGGCUGCGGAAUUGCUCAGUAUUCACCAACGUGCCUACAAUGACUACAUAGCUUGGAAACGAUAACUCAUUAUUUAUUAUUAUUAUUUUCUUUCCGGUAGAAAAAGAAUUUUCAGAACACUAAAUUAUCCAUGGUAAACGUCCACAAGUGGUUUAUUUUCUAGAAAACCAAUAAAUUCCUUCUUUUAUAUGUUUCCUGUUGGAAACGAAACAUU